UGAUAGUAGUUGAUUUCAAUUUGCGCAACAUCUGAGCAAAGAGGAAGAGAAAGGAUGAGCGAGACGAGACCAGUGCCGAGGAGAGAGAGUCCGUGGGGUUUACCCGAAGGCCACCGUGAGCCCAAAGCUCACCGCUGCAACGAUCGUGUCGAGGACGUCGUCCAGGCGUUUUUCGAGGGGAACCCGUUUAAGACAGUUCCAGGACCUUUUAAACUGUUCUACCGUUGCAUGCGCUCUAAGCCAGGAGAGGAACCAACAGAGCCAUUCACCUACCUUGACCUGGAACCUCCAAAGAGACCAGUAAAACUUGAGGAAAAGUGAAAGCCCACUCCUUUUUUCUUUCUUUGCAACUUUUUAACUGAGCAUGUAAGCGCUUAGACUGUGGUUUUUUAAGCUUCCCUUCAACAUGUAUCACCAGCAUCUUCUUGUUUUGUCAUAAUGCCAAUAAAAUUGAUACUUGGAGUUCCCUUUCA